UGCCGUCCUCUGCCGCUGGGUCGCUGAUGAUGCCGAGCGGAGCGGGGCGCUCGUACAUUUCUACGUGCGGCUACAACCGCAGUUGCCAAGAUUGAAGGCGAAUGAAACCGGAGAGGAGCUUGAAAUACGAUGAUGGAUGGUCAGAGUUGUUCUUCAUCGCCCCGACAGCUGUAACGUCGGCGGAAACACGCGUGGAUUUAUCAAAGGGGCGACGUUCAGAGCUUCACUUUGUUUGAUGUUCAGUAAGCUGCAGAAUGAUUGAGGAAGGCAGCAAACGAGGCAAGGCCAUGGUGGAGAAGAGACAGCUCUUCAUGGAAAUGAGAGCUCAAAACUUUGAUGUUAUCAGACUGUCAACUUAUAGGACUGCCUGCAAACUCCGGUUUGUGCAAAAGAGAUGCAACCUUCAUCUGGUUGAUGUCUGGAACAUGAUCGAAGCCUUUCGUGACAACGGGCUCAACACUUUAGAUCACAAUGCUGAGAUCAAUGUGUCACGGCUGGAGACUAUUCUGUCUUCCAUCUACUACCAGCUCAACAAGCGCCUGCCCACCACCCACCAGAUUAAUGUGGAGCAGUCCAUUGGGCUACUACUCAACUUCAUGGUGGCCACCUAUGACAGUGAAAGUCAUGGGAAGCUGACAGUUUUCUCCAUGAAAGCCAUGCUGGCAACAAUGUGUGGAGGGAAAAUUGUGGACAAACUGCGCUAUAUUUUCUCACAGAUCUCUGACUCAAGCGGUGUCAUGGUGUUUGCUAAGUUUGAUCAGUUCCUUCGGGAGGUGUUAAAACUCCCCACAGCCGUAUUCGAGGGCCCCUCAUUUGGCUACACGGAGCAUUCGGUGCGGAUGUGCUUCCCUCAGCAGAAGAAGAUUAUGCUGAACACGUUUUUGGAUGUGUUGAUGGCAGAUCCUCCCCCCCAAUGUCUCGUUUGGCUUCCACUCAUGCACCGACUCGCUAAUGUCGAAAACGUCUUCCAUCCGGUAGAAUGUUCUUAUUGCCGGAGUGAGAGCAUGAUGGGUUUCCGGUAUCGGUGCCAACAGUGCCAUGGCUACCAGCUAUGCCAGAGCUGCUUCUGGCGUGGCCAUGCCAAUGGUCCCCAUAGCAACCAGCACCAGAUGAAGGAGCACUCGUCUUGGAAGUCUCCGGCCAAAAAGCUGAGCCAUGCAAUCAGUAAAUCUCUGGGCUGCGUCCCCAUUGGAGAGCCGCCACAUCCUGUGUUCCCUGAGCAGGCAGAGAGACCUCAGGAGCUCACCCAUACUGUUCAGCCGAAACCAGUGGCCAACAACAUGAACGACACAAUGCUCAUGUCCUCUGGGGCACCUACUCCUACUAAAAGUGUCUUGGAGAGUCCCAGUCGGCUAGAUGAAGAGCAUCGCCUCAUCGCCCGAUACGCUGCCCGCCUGGCAGCCGAGGCGGGCAACUCCACACAACAAUGUCCUCCGACAGAUCUGAGUUUCAACUUUGACGCUAAUAAGCAACAAAGACAGCUGAUUGCGGAGCUGGAAAACAAAAACAGGGAGAUCCUGCAGGAGAUCCAGAGACUGCGUUUGGAGCAUGAACAGGCCUCUCAGCCGACACCAGAAAAAGCCCAGCAGAAUCCCACACUUCUGACUGAACUGCGGCUCCUCAGACACAGGAAAGAUGAGUUGGAAAGACGCAUGUCAGCCUUGCAAGAGAGCAGACGGGAGCUGAUGGUGCAGUUGGAGGGACUCAUGAGGCUGCUAAAGGAUGAGGAGCAGAAGCAGGCUUCCCAGUCUGGAGGCUCCCCUCAUUCUUCUCCCAGUCACGGUGCAGGCUGCUCCAUGCCAAUGCCAAUACGCUCCACCUCGGCUGGGUCUACCCCAACCCACACACCUCAGGACUGCCUGGCAGGGGUGGGAGGGGACGUGUUGGAGGCCUUCUCUCAGGGUGUACCUAGAAAUCUUCGGAAUGACCUUUUAGUUGCUGCUGACUCAAUCACAAACACCAUGUCAUCACUGGUGAAAGAGCUCCACUCAGUCGAUGACGUGGGAGAGGAAGAUGAGACCACCAUGAGAAACGGUGGAGACAGAGGUGGGUUCAGGCACAGUGAGAGUACAAAAGCACUGAGGGAAAGACAACACCAUCCCAUCCUCCAAGGACAUACAGUCAUCAACUGGGAAGAAUCAGCAACAACCAGCACCCCCUGGCAUUAGCACGUAGAGUAAUGCAUGCAUAUAAUCUAACAGGAUUUCACUAUGUGGGGAAAAAAAACAAAAAAAAAAAACUUCUUCACACCUUGCAAGUAGCAAGAUGUGUCCAAUUAGCAAGUGUGUAUGUUGUCCUGUAAACAAAAACUGCUGUAAUUACCCAAUGAUUUCCCUCGUGACUGCUGGGGAAUGGCUUGCUGUGCUUUCUCUCCCAACUGCUCCAUUCCAGCAGAUUGUUCUGUAUAUAAAAUACUGUAAACACAUGACCUCGGGAAUGCCUCCACAUGAAGGAGACCUCCAGUCAACACAUGUUCACAGUCAUUGCUUUUUUUUGGGUGGUUCGCCUUUCUUUUCUCUGUUUGAUCCUUUUUGCAUGAAGUUGCACUCAUGUCUGGAUUGAGGCACCGUUCAAUGUUGUGCCAGCUCUUUGUUGGUUUACGAAGAUAGCUGAGAGUGUCAGAGAUGUCCUGCCUCCAAGUUCAUGUGAAGUGUGUUUAUGUGCACAUUGGGAUUAUGGAGCUGAGGUUUGUAAACCUGUACUUGAGUAGGGUUUUAUUAUUAUUAUUAUUAUUAUUAUUAUUAUUAUUAUUAAGUAGCUACAUUUAUAAUUUUUCAAGAUCAUGUUAUGACAUAAUUGGCCUGACUAUAUGAAGCAGCUGAUCUGGCUUUGUCUGCUUUAAAAGGGACUUUACAAAAUGUUGUUGACGCUGUCAGAAUGCCAGACAAUCAGCUGAGACUCAGAAAGAAAUAGUGCAAUACAAAAUUAUUUGUUAUGAAAACUUGAACUGGAGUUCACAGCCUGGAAAACAGGAAAAAAAAGGGAAUCAGAAAUGGAAAAUCAGCAUUUAAAGAAAUUAUUUGCAUGACUGAUUCUAAGUGCUGUGACAGUAGCCAGAAAACCUAACCCUGAUACAAAAUCAGACAUUGUUACAGCCAGUCUGGCUGUGUUUUUGCUGCUUACAAUGUUUAUGUCAAGCUAACUCACAUUCACCUCACAGACCUGAGGCUGGUAUUAUGGAAGUCUUGACCAGAAAGCAAAAUUUAGGAAUUUUUUUCUUAUGUUCAGCUAUAUGUUGUACUAGUAAAAUAAAUAAUAAGAAGAAAAUAACUUACAAGCUGGCACCCAGAACACAGUGUGCAUGUAAACAUGCUGACUGAGUUAUGUACUUAUUCUGCUGCUAAUGUGCUCUCAGUGAGCAACGCUUGCCAAUAACUGGGCUGUGUGGUUAGAAACCAAGGGGCUACUGCAAACACAAUGAGCCAAGUCUCUUCUUCUCCCAGUGAAAACCACCUGAAGGGCAUUGUAAUGCUCAACACAGCAUGGUGCCUCCUUCCAAAGGACAGACUGGCUGCUAGCCGCUGUAUUUAUUGUGUAGUGAAGCACCUCAGGAUAGUAGUGAAAUAGGCAUUUAGUUUUAGUUGCAAGCUGCAACACAAAUACUUAUUUAUAGUGUGAGGAGGGAAGGUCGUAGUGAGCAAGUAGGACAUGCUUCUAUAGCUUUAUUUAGUUAAACCAAUAUGGAAAAAAUAUAUAUGUGCAAUGAAGGAAAGUAGGUGCUCAGGGACCGCAGAUGUGCAGUAUGGUGGUGAUGUCCACCACAGACUAAGGUCAAAUGUCAAUGAUGGUGUAAAAUUAAUUCCAAGAUUAUACACAUAGCGGUUUAUGUGAUUUGCAAUUCCCUCCUUGAACUUGCUGUUUGAUCGUGGCAAAGUAUGUUUUCCCGUCAGUUUGGUCUAUUGUAGGUUGAAAUAAUUUAUCAGCAGAAUUCAACAGCAAGUAAUAAAAUGUCUAUUGAAGAAUAUGGUUUAGAUGAAGGAGUUUUUCUGAAGUGCUAUUCAUCAAAGCAUGUCGCUGGAUGCAGUCUGUCUGUGUGUGAAUCUGUGUCUUUUGCUGAAAAAAAAAAGCAUUUAAAAAAACAAAGACCCCCAAAAACAAGGUGGUUAUUCUGCAACAGAGGCAGCUGUUAAUCAAAGAGGACGUUCCUGCUCAUUACCACACCACAUCACCAUCACUUCUGAGUUCACUUUAUAUUUAUGUCUUUAAAUAAGAUGUUUUGUCAUUCAGGGCAGCCGUCUGUCUAAAAUGAAAAUGGGCAUUGUUUUGCUUUAUCUCAUAAAAAGUAGUAAAGGUCUGAAGUGAUAAGUUUGGUUCUUCAAAUCUGAUUGAUUCUGUGAUUUGUGCAUUAAGCCUGUCCUAUAAGCUAAGUAUAAGGUUGCAACAACCUCUUACACUGUGUCAAGAACAAGAACAAAAGAUGAUUCUCUGUUCUUAAUGUGAUGUUUUUAUUCAGUUCUCUGUUCCUAUAUAUGUUAUCAUUAUUGUUAUUAUUCUAGUUUGCAGUAUUGGUGGAAUAUAGUCACUCUCAUAGUCCCUGUAUAUGGAUUUAUAUAAAGUUGAUACCAUCAUUUAAAAUUCCACUGCUGUGAAAUGUUUAGGUUCACAAAUGAUAAAAAUGCAAAGGAGAGAAUUUGAAUUACUGCCCUCACCCCUUCAUUUUGACCACGCAUUUCAAUGCAGCUCUUGACUUUCUUUUUUUUAUGUUCUUUAAGUUUGUGCCUGUAGCUGUACUGUUAAGUGCUGUAUAAAGUAACCAUUAAGCAAAUAAGAUGCUCUAUCAGCCUAAAUGUAAGAAUUUUAGUCUGUGACUUUGUAGAAAUUUGAUUUACUUGAUAUGUUCUGGGGAAACUUAAUGCUCAGCCUUUACAUUUGUGCCAAACUGUUUGCAUACCUUGUGCGUUACAUAAAUUACAGGUAUAUAUCUGCAUUAGUAUGUCCUUUCCAUUAACCUGUUCACAGAAUGCCUGAAGAUCUUCAUAUUUAUGAUUUCUGCUGC